AUGAAGUACGGCUCGCCAUCGAGCAUCUUUCACGCUCAUGCUCGUCCGUGGCUUUAAAGCACAUCGUUGCUGGUACUCGUUCGUUCUGGAGCAAAUUACAGAUAAAGGACGGCGAGUGCAUAGCAGCGAAGCAGACACCUUGCAGCUCCGAACCCAGACUUCACUUUCUUGGUCGGCUGCGGGCUCGGCUGCGAGGGCAAUGGUGGGCGUGAGUGGGUAAGUUAUGGACCGAUCGACGCUACUGCGCACGUCAUGCCAUGACCCCGGGGCAUGACGAGUCAGGGAACAGUCAAGAUGGUAUAAAUGGGUGGUAUGGAUAUGACGAGAAUAGUGAAGGGCCCUCUCUUCCAAAUACAUCCAGACAAGGGCCUGCUUCUCUUGAAGAGACGAUCACGCUCGCCGAUACCAACCCGUUUUGCCCUCCUCGUCAGUCACGAGUCCACUCACAAUGACAUCGACAUAUCGAUCUCCUCCACUGCACGAUCCACUCAGGUACAACAUUUGGAUCCCAGCUUCCGAUGGCAGCAGACUCGCCGCUUGGUUCUGCCCGGCUCAGGUCUCUGGCUCUUUAUCUGGGCGCAAAAGACCUGUAGUGGUGUGCGCUGGCGGUCUGGGCGUCAUCAAAGAGAUGAGGUUGCCAGCUUACAUAUCCGCCUUUUCGAGCGCUGCGUAUCACUGCGUCGCAUUUGAUUAUCGAUGCUUUGGAGAGUCCACAGGAAGGCCGAGACAGUUGCUGGAUUUUGAGAGCCAGCAAGCAGAUUGGAAAUCCGUUAUUGAAUGGGUCGUGGUGAAUGGGCAGAGCGAAGGGGCGAGGGGCGGACCCGAGGGCUCAAAGGAUUCCGUGACGGUAGCCCCAUCCGCACUUGCGGGAGAUUCCUUGCCGAAUCUCUCAGAUCUCAUCGACCCGACGCAGAUCGCCCUGUUUGGCACUUCCUUUGGCGGAGGGCAUGUGAUCAAGCUGUCUUCGCAGCUCCCUGCACUAGGUUUGCCCGUCAAAUGCUCCAUCUCUCAAUGUCCAUUCACGGACGGCUACGCUUCCAGCAAGACGGUCAAGAGCAUCUACGCGAAGCUUUACCUCGGAAUUUGGGGAGCGACGGAUAAGGUCAGUGCCGUGGUGCGCGGCAAGGACGCUCCUCCGAUCACGAUACCCUUGGCGGCGAAAGAUGGCCAGCCUGCGCUGAUGAAUGCUCCAGACGUCUAUGCGAACUACAUUUCCCAACUACCAGCCUCCAUCAAGGACAAUUUCGUCAAUGCGGUGUCUGCGCGAACAGCUCUCUCUAUUCCUUUUCUGGUGCCAGGCUCCUACGCAGCUUCCGUCCAAAUCCCCAUCUUGUAUGCUAUAUGCGGUCAGGACUCGGUGGCGCCUGCUCAGACCACCAAAAAGUACGCGCAGAAGAGCGCAAGAGGAGAAAUCGCGUGGUUCGAAGAGGAGGGUCAUUUUGAUCUGUAUCAGGGACAAGGGCUGGAAAGGGCUACUAGGAGAUAUGUACAGUUUCUUCAGGCACACUUGAAAUGA